CAAAUUUAAGCAGGUAAAGUUUGUUUCGCCCAGGGUUUGUACUUGCCACCAGCAUUUACCUUCCUUGUUUAACAAAUAAAAAUUGACUGAAAUAAAUCAAUGACGUGAAAAACGUUUGUCGGUUCUUAACCAAAAGUCAUUCAUUUUAAUUUGUCAAAAAAAUUGCAUGUGUCAUAUGAAUCAAUCUACGACAACCCUUUUUUUUCAAGUUUCAAAAGGACAAGUAUGAACCCUGGUGAAACGGACCUUACCAGUACCUACAAGUACUUUUUAAAAUUAUAUUGAUUUUUUUUUUUUUUGGAGGUACUCUCCUUAUGAAAGUACUUAUGUAAAAUACUAAAGUAUCAAAUGAAUAUUUUUAUUUUACGUAUAAUUUUUCUAAUCACUUUUGCAAGAUUCUUAUCGAUAUAAUAUCGAUAUGACAAAUUCCUACCGAUAAACCCUCUUCUCUAGAAAAUUUUGACAAUCAGCUGAUUACAGGUAAAGGGUAAAGGUUGAGGUUAUGUAUUUUACAAGUAAAAUUUUGGCAAAAGAAAAUACGCAAUUUCAAAAACUCAGGUAAAUAAGCGAUAAACAACGAUGACAACGAAAAGUACGAUAAGAUUUCGCACAAAAUGUACGUGCUAGACCAUGUCGAAGAAGUAGAACAGCCCCCGGUAGUGCUGGGGGGUCAAUUAGUGACCCCCCAGAAAAAAGAAUAUUUGGCAAAUUAUCCUGUAGUAAAAGCCUUCCUAGCUGGUUCAUUCUCUGGAACAUUUUCCACCGUUUUAUUCCAGCCAUUGGAUUUGGUUAAAACGAGGUUGCAAAAUACACCGACCACAUUUGUUAAUGGACGACAUGGAGCUAUCAGCAUGCUAAGCAUUUUCAGCAACAUCGUACAACAAGAGCGUAUUAGAGGAUUAUGGAGAGGAAUGACUCCUUCCAUCACAAGAUGUGUACCAGGAGUCGGCCUUUAUUUUUCAUCACUAGACUACAUAAAGUCUCACUACCUCCAAGGAAGAACACCUACACCUCUAGAGUCAAUCACAAUGGGCUUUUGCGCCAGAUCUAUGAGCGGAGCCAUUCUGAUACCAAUUACUGUCGUAAAAACAAGGUUUGAAAGUGGAGUUUACGAUUAUAAAACCAUGAUGUCUGCUUUGAAGCACAUCUAUCGUACAGAAGGAUUUCGUGGAAUGACGUGCGGUUUGGUACCGACAUUGUUCAGAGAUGCCCCAUUUUCUGGUCUCUAUCUCAUGUUUUACACUCAAACUAAGCAGAUGGUCCCCAAAGAAUUAGUCAAUUCGUCCUACGCCUCGCCUCUUCACUUCACUUGUGGCCUCUCAGCUGGAAUUCUAGCCUCGAUCGUCACUCAGCCUGCUGACGUCCUCAAAACAAAAAUGCAACUCUAUCCGAACAAAUUCAAUGGACUUUGGUCUGUUAUCGUUUACGUGCACAGCAACCAUGGAGUGCAAGGGUAUUUCAAAGGUAUGGUUCCAAGGAUGUUGCGUCGUACGCUGAUGGCCGCUAUGGCUUGGACUGUGUACGAGCAGAUUUCAAGAAAGAUAGGGUUAAAGUAGUACUAUGGUGGAUUGCCGGGUGUGGAAACCUGGGAAUUUUGUUUUGUAUAAAUUUUAUGAAUAAAAAGCAAAUGGUUGCUGAUAUGAUCGAGAGAUUAUUAAAUGUUUGUUGGGUAAAUGCAGAAACUAAAAUAUCUUUUUGGUAUUGUAUAAUGGCUUUAUUGGGAUAAUUUGCAAACGAUAUUGUAUGUUUAAUAUACAGUAUUGUGUUGUGAUAUAUAUAUUUUUUGUUUUUCUAAUAAUUUAAUUAUGUUAACUUGGUUUGUUUUAUUGUUAUUUUAAUGAUAACGGAAAUAAAGAUUUUCUUAAGGAA